GUGGGAGGACUUCCGGUUGUGUCCGUGUCUGCGCAUGCGCGGAUUCGUCGGAAGCAUCUUUUUUCAUCACAUCUUUUGUUUGCACGAAUUUAAGCAACGAGCUCGAGCGCACGGAGAGGAAAACACAGCGGUCUCUCUCAACAUGACGUCACGUGUAGGUUCGAGAGCUGCUGGUACCAAUGGAAGUGAAUUUAAACUCAGAGAAAGGGUGACCCCACACUACCAGAUGAGUGCUUCCCUGAAGUCAGAGGUGCGGAAGUUAAACUUGGUCCACCUCCUGAUCUGGCUGCUGGUUGCUGCUCAGGUGGUCGUCAGCCACUUCAACCUGGUGUCACACGACACGGUGUCCAUGCCGUACCAGUGGGAGUACCCCUACCUGCUCAGCCUCCUCCCUCUGGUCUGCAGCAGCCUGUCACUUCCUAAGAACAACAUCAGUUACCUGGUUUUGUCCAUGAUCAGCGCAGGGCUGUUCACUAUGGCACCUCUUAUUUAUGGUGGAAUGGAGAUGUUUCCUGUCGCGCAGCAGCUCUACCGCCACGGAAAGGCCUACCGCUUCAUUUUCGGCUUCUCCGCAGUGACUGUUAUGUACCUCGUCAUGGUGAUUGCUGUUCAAGUGCACGCCUGGCAGCUGUAUUACAUGAAAAAGCUGCUAGACUCAUGGUUCAGUGCCACAGAGGAGAAGAAGAAGAAAUAGUGGAGUGAGGAAAUUGUGACUGGGCAAGACUGUGUUUUCAUCUUAAUUUAUAAAUCAUUUAUGAGACUUAUUCAGUCAUAAAUGUCAUAGAUCAUAUAUUAGAAACCAGUGUUUACUCAAAGAGAUGCAAAAUAGAGCAAAAUCUACAAUUUAUGCUGGAACUUAUUUAUUUGUUCAUUUAUUUAUUUAUUUAUUUAUUGUCACCAUUAUUAAUAACUGUAAUUUGAACUCAACCACCUUAAACCCUCGACAUCAGAGGGUCUGGAUCACUGCUGUACUCCAAAUUGUGAAAGUGGUCAUUUAGGACCAGGCCUCAUUCUCAUUAAAUUGUUGUCAUGGUUUGAAGAGAAUGGAUGUAGAGUUGUUCAUUAACUGUUCCAACUCACAUACAGUCAUGUGCACAGAUCUUAAGCACUUUACAAGUUUAGCUCCAUCACGUAGUACCAUCGAGGAGGCAUAUGCAACGAGUCCUGCUUCAACAGGCUCAGACAGAGAUGUGUUCUUAAUAUAAAAGAUUAUGUGAAAAGAUAGAAAACACUGAGGCUAAAGAACGAUGGCAAAUUCUCCAACAUGCAUGGAACAACAUACCAGCAUGUUGAAAUCUGUGUCCUCGCUGUUUUAAAGAGGUUGAGUUUCAAUGUCUGUUAAGUUAUUUUAAUUUUUUCUGCACAUGUGCUUAUGUUUGCUCCUUCAUUACGUCUUCCUCUUUCAAUAUCAUUUUGACCUGAAUACAUUUUAGCCAUUAAAAAAAGAAAGUAACCACAGUAACUGCAUGUUUUGUUAUGUUUUCAGGUAUUUUACUUCAGCAUCAGAAACCCAGUCUGUGCACGUGGAUAAAAUGUGCAUUGUUAACAAUAUGAAUACAAAAAUAAAGGACUCCUCUUUAACUUAAA